GGCAGAAACACUGAAAACUCUACAAGGUAAGCCAAUGGAUAUAUCAAUGCUUAUGUGGUUGGUAUUAGGUGUGGAUGUUGAUAUUCAGUUUAUUUCUGUGUACUAAUAUGUACAGCAGGUACAUAUGAUUCAGUGCUUACAUAGUAAACAGUUCUAACUAAAUAUCUGUAGAAAUCUGUGCUGCUGUCCUAUGUUAUCUAACCCACUUAGUGCUAUUUCAGGGUAAAAGUACAUUUUUGUGUUAGAAGGAGGAAUUCUGUGUUAUGAAGUUGAGGUUUCUUGCCCCACACAGUUAAUUUUGUAUUAUUCUUUAAUAGGGCCCUAAAAAUCAGGGCUUGCAAAUAUCUGGAUAGGUUUGCAACUUAUGAUACAUUGACUCUUUUUAUAUUUUGUGAUUUAUUUCACAACUACUUUAUCUUUCCAACAACCUAUAGAUGAGAUUAUCUUCGUUCCUUCUCUGUGCCUCUCAACCGAUGCUCACUUUUUUCUCACUGGCUCUGCUGGUUCCCAUCCCGGGGGCACACGGGCACCCCUACUUCCCCCUUGCCAUCCUGCCCACAUUGGAGAACCCUGAGUGGGAGGCUGACUUACUCCAGCUCCAGGCCUCCCUGGAUGUCCCAGGGGCUGUAGCUGCAGCGGGUCUCCGCUCUUGGGGGCAGCUGCUGGAGCUGGGACCAGAGGACCCACGCCUGGGCCUGCUCAGCGAGCUGGUGGAAGAGAAUGGCUGGGGACAGAAGGGCUUGAUGAGGGGCCAGAGGGGGGAUCUGGAGAGGAGGCCGCUGGGUCCCUUCCCCGGUCACCCUAUCGACGCUCUGCACUACCAAGAGGGGGGAGAAGAGGGAGGAGAGGGGGGAGGAAAGAGGAACGAAGCUCUCACAUCCAUCGCCGGCGGGCUUCAGGCUUUCAACAGAGAGAAGGGAGGCUUCGGGUUCCGCUUCGGAAGGAAGUAAAAGGAGGAAGGGGUCGGGAAAAAGAGGAGGCACCUGGACUUCUGGAGUGUGGGGAACUUGGAAAAGGGUAAGGUAGACAGCUGGAGGAUGAAGAUGAUGAAGGGAGGGAUGAGUUGACAGUAGAGAUGUACUGAUUGACACUUAUGUCAGAGCAAUCAAUCAUUACAUUAUGAUGAGAUAUGUAUCAUCAGAGAAAGAGACUGACAAACUGAUAAACAGAAAGUUUACCAAGUGGUCAGAAAAUGUCUGUCAAUGUAUAAUAAUUGUUACAUAAUAAAAUGAUUGAGGGUAUGUGAAUGUUUGUUAUUGUUGUCCAUGAUUUAAGUUAUCCAUUUCUACCAAUUCCAACCUAAGGUGAAAAAUCACGGUAUUUUGAUAGCCUUUAUAUUUUUUAAAUUUAAAUGUCAAAUUGAAAUACAAUAACAAAUGGGCAUAUUACAUCAUUACAAGUAUAUUUUCUCUUAAAUUAAGAAACAGCAAAUAACAUUAAAGCAAAUAAACAAAUAAAAAUGACUACACAUGAAAUGUCAGUGACAACAGUUUCAAAAGUUUAAGUACGUCAAAUAAAAAUGUGAGUUGGUAGAAUACAUGCAUUUAUUUUUUGUCCUUUACUUAUUCUAUGGAUUUGAUUAAAUAUUUGAUUUCAAGUAAAAAUAUGUUAUUAUAUUUUCAAAGUCUAUUUUUCUUCAGUAUGACGCAACAGCAUGCAU